GGGGGUGGAGAAGGAGGAGGGGGACUUUAUUAAUCGAUCAGGCUCAUUCGCAACACAUCACGCUAACAGGUUAGCUGCUAGCUGCGCGUUGAAGAAGCGAAGCAGAGAUAAGACGUUCACCACAGAAGAGGAACUUCACUUUCACCAACUUUACCGUUUGCACAAGACGUUUUCUGACACUAACUUCCCCCCCCGGUCCUUUUUGCCGCCUGUCUCUUUCCUUAUCUUGACUCGCCGGUGCAGAAACAGCAGCUCCACUUGGUGACGUCAUGUCUCAGAAGUCGCAGUCAGACGGAGGUCAGAAACACUUCGCCGUGGGUCGGGGGCUCCUGGCCGCCGCAGAGACCUUGAACUUCAGCAUGAAUGAACAGCGAUCCAGCCGGCAGAUGGGGGGCAUGUCCUCGGGGGUGGGGGUGGGUGGUGGUGGUGGCGGCAUGGAGGGCCAGGACGGCAGCUCCCAGAUGUCCCGGCGUGGUGGCGGCAGCAAUCUUGGCAACACCAUGAAGUUGUUUGCCAGUUUGGGGCUGUCGCCCUCCGACCUGGACGCUCUAGCUGAAAUCCCUGAAGAGGACAUCAGUGUGGAGACGCUGCCGCACAUCCUCAGGCAGCUCAAGAGCCGCAAGGGGGACGCGGGAGAGCGGCGAGCGGCAUCCUCCAUGUCCUCUGACGCUGGGUAUCGAGGAGGAAGGGACAGCUGGGACGACAUGCACGGCGGGAGGAUGGGCGGUCCUUCUCUGGGUCAGAGUUCAGCCCGGGCCCAGCCCUCUGCAGACUUUGGGUUCAGUUCCAUGCAGGACGUCUCCCCCAGCCGGGGCUACAGCUUAAAUUAUAGUGGCGGCGGUGGGGGGGGGGGCAGAGACAGGCCGUAUUCUGAGCUUUCCCGCCAAGACUCCUACAGCGGCCUCGGCGUGGGGAUGCAGACCUCCAACUCCGUCUUUAUGCAGAGGAGGAUGGGCUCCCCUUCAAACGGAAAAGUCCAAGACUUCUUGGGAGUCACGCCCUCCAUGUUCCCCCACGUGUGCUCUCUUUGUGACUUUGACGUUCAUUCCAACAUGGAGUGGAAUCAACACGUUAACGGACUUCGACAUGCUGAAAACAGACGACUGCUGCUCGACGUGUAUCCGGAGUGGGAACCUGGGAUGUCCUCGGGCAGAGGCGGGGGUCUUCUGGACGCCCCCAACCUGUCUGCAGGGCUGCUCGGACCUGCCCCCAUGUCUUCAGCUCACACAGCAGGGGGGAUGUCCUCCAGCUGGGGAGGAGGUGGAGGAGCCGGUCUGUCGGGAAAGAACCAGUCGGGACAGAAUAAGCUGAGAAGCAGAGUGGUGGUGGUGAAGUACGACCGGAAGCCUCUCAGCAACAAGACCCUGUUCGCCUUCACCGAGCCGUUCGGCUGCCUGAGGGAGCACCUGGUCCUCAAGAACAAGGCCUUCCUGGAGAUGAACAGUCACGAGGAGGCUCUGGACAUGGUGAACUACUACGAGCGGCAGCCGGCAGCUCUGUACGGCAAACCAAUCACCUUCUACCUGUCCAAGAGGCUGCUGGUCAUCCAGAAAGACGAGCGGUCGACUGACAGGCCGAUGGACCGGCCGAUGGACAGGCCCGUCAGAGAGGUCAAAGGUCACGGCAGCCAGGUGGUGUUCUUCUCCAACCUGCCCAGAGAGGAAGAGAAGAAGAAGGAGCUGCUGACCAUCGCCGGACGCUUCGGCACGGUGGAGAAACACCUCUUCCUAACGGACCAGGCGUUCGUCCAGCUGGGGACCCCCGAGGACGCCGAGAUGCUGGUGAAGUACUACAGCGUGAACCCGCUCACCAUCAGAGGGAGACCCAUCCGCCUCAACAUCUGCACCAAGUACAAGACGCUCACUGUGAACCAGAGACAGGGCGGCUCCGGUGGAGACGGUCGAGGCCAGAGGAGCGGCGGAGCGAACGCCGCCUCCUCCUACGACGCCGGCUCUGGGUCCAGGUCCAAAUCCUCAUCCAGGUCCAGAGAGGAUAGGAGGGAGGAGAACAAACCGAAGCCUGAGGAGAAACCGGCAGCGGCGGAGGAGGAGGAGGAGGAGGUGUCGGGAGUGAUGGAGGGGGAGGACGGAGGGGAGGGGGAGGAGCGGGAGCAGGUAACUGAUGGCGACGCCAAGGGGGAGGAGCCAGAGACGACCGAGUCUGUGAAGGAAACGGUGGAGGACGUCCAAGAGGAGGCGGAGGAGGAGGUUCCUGAUGGUGAUGAUGUCACACCCGGAGGCGUGGGCGGGGCUGAUGUUGAGGCCAAGCAGGGGGCGGAGUCAGAGGGACAAAUGGAACCAACAGAAAGCAAAGAACACGAGAUCAAAGAAGAGCCGAACGCAGAACCGGAACCAGGAGAGAGCUCGGAGCCUCCGGAGGGAGACCUGCCCGAGGACACGCUUGAUCGGGACUUCCUGGAGAACAUGGAGGACUUUGUGACGUUGGACGAACUGGCAGAGGACGAGGACGAAGCAGGCGGAGAGUCCGGCUCCAUCGACAACACGAGGAGGGGGGGCAUGAGGGUGGUCAACGUCGUCGGGUUCAGACGAGGUUACAACUUCGUCAACGAGCUGCUGGGCCUCGCCAAGCCUUUUGGGAAAGUGGUCAAACACCUGGUGCUGGACUUGAGACCUGAGGCGUACCUCCAGUUUGCGGCUGAGGACGAAGCUCGAGCGAUGGCCAAGUUUUACACCAACAGUAACGUGACGGCGUCGGUGUGCGGCCGACCGGUGAGGAUCAGUCACUCCAUGAGCUACCCCACCAUCCAGUGCGGCUCCAGCAAGGUGGUCUACAUCGGUCAGAUCCCCACCAGCAAAUACUCCGACGCCGCCGUCCUGAAGCUGGCCGAGCCGUACGGGAGGGUCAGGAAGUACUUCCUCAACAGGCUGAAGAGAGAGUGUUUCCUUGAGAUGGAGAAAGCCGAGGACGCGGAGAAGAUGGCUGAAGACUGCCGAGUGAAUCCACCCAAGUUCAACGGGAAGCGUCUGACCGUCUACGUCAGCAGGAAGUACAGACAGCUCAAACACGGACAUCAGUGUCCGAGCGCGGCGAAGAGAGACAGCAGCGGCGGCGGCGGCACGUCGCCCAAAUCCUCCAAACAUCCUGAGGAACCUCCGGCCAAGAAGUCCAAGGAGGAGAAGAAACCUGAGGAGGGCGGAGAGGAGGAGGAGAAACUGGAGGAGGAGGAGGAGAAAGACAAAGAAGAGGAGGAGGAGAAAGAGGACGAUGUGAGCGGCGGCGUUGAGGAAGAAAACCCAGCGGAGAAGAUUCCUCCGGUCUCUGACGAGAAGCAGACGAGCUGCCAGGACGAGGUGAAGCAGGACGAGCAGGCGGAGGACAUGGAGACGUCCACCAAUCAGAACGGACAGGCCGAGGCUCCCCCGCCGCCUCAAAGCAAACCCGGCGUGGCGUCUCUGCCGCUGCCCCCCCACGACCCCGACAGCCCCAUCGGUGUGGAACACGUGAAGAUGGGUUACUACUGCCGCGUCUGCUUCCUGUUUUACUCCAACGAAGAGACGGCCAAGAAAACGCACUGCAGCAGCCAGGCGCACUACGACAAGCUGCAGAAAUAUCUGGAGAAGGAGCAGAGCAAAGCGGAGAAGAAGAAAGGCAAGAAGACGGCGGCGUGAAGACUUUAGUUUUAUUGAAUUUCAGUUUGCUGUAAAAAAACUCCGCCGUGGUGACGAGAUCUCAAACUGUUUUUUUUUUUUAAGUCAGUCUCAUGUGUUUAAACGUGUGUUAGCGGUUAGCUAGCUGCUAACACAUUUAGAUCAUUAAGUCGCUUCCUGUCAGCUGGUUUCCUCCUAAUGAUCAAACUAACGAUUAAUCAUUCAGUCCAUGAAAUGUCCAUCAGGCUCUCGGCGUCCUGAUGAUAACUGGAGAUGAAUCGAACCUCAGAGCAGUUCGGCGAGCGUCGGAGUCUGAAGGAAGUCAGUUUCCUUCGGACGUUCAGAAAUUCUCGGCUAGCUUCACUGUUUCUGCUCAAGUCCUGGAACUAUUUGAUGACAGCGUGUCCAUCCGCCCAGUACUUCUGUGCUCCCAGCGGAUGGAUACGCUGUUUGUCAAGAAAUGGUUCCAACGCACCCCCCCAUCCUUUUUUACGUUUGACUGGAUGAAACUAAGGAGGUGGAAUCGGACAUGUGAGCGACCUUUAGGUCUCUGAUCCAUCAAAAGAAUUCUUUUGUUUUAUAAAAUAAAGCAGUUUGCUCAAA